AUGGUUGAGAGAUCAAACCCACGUUAUCUCGGAAUAUCUCUAAUCUUCUUGAUAAUAUCAAUCCUCUCCGUCCUCUCUUGGUUCCUAAUCCUUUAUUCCACAAACCCUAACCGAGCUCACGUUUACGAAUCCACAGACACACCUCUCAACGACAUCUUCACGAGCUCAAACAAUUCUCCCCAAGAAAACAGAGGAGGAACAACAGAAACAGAGGAACCAGUUAAUGAAAACAGAGUCGAAGAAGCUCUUCGAUGCACAAACAAGGACUCUCCUCCGACGCCGUUGAAGGUGUACAUGUAUGACAUGAGUCCAGAGUUUCACUUUGGGUUAUUGGGUUGGGAACCUGAGAGAGACGACGUCGUUUGGCCUGACAUCAGAGUCAAUGUUCCUUACCAUCCAGGUGGGCUUAACUUGCAGCACAGUGUUGAGUACUGGCUUACGUUAGAUCUUUUGUUCUCUGAGUUUGCUGAAGAUUCUCGAAGCUCACGCGCCGCCGUACGUGUCAAGAACUCGAGUGAAGCUGACGUUGUGUUCGUGCCCUUCUUCUCUUCCUUGAGCUAUAACCGUUUCUCUAAGGUUACUGAAAAGCAGAAGAAGAGCCGAGACAGAGAAUUACAGGACAAUGUGGUGAAGUUUGUGACGUCUCAAAAGGAGUGGAAGAGCUCAGGAGGGAAGAAUCAUGUGAUAAUGGCGCACCAUCCGAAUAGUAUGUCGACGGCAAGGCAUAAGCUGUAUCCGGCGAUGUUUGUGGUGGCUGACUUUGGUAGAUACUCGCCACGUGUAGCCAACGUCGAUAAAGACGUCGUGGCUCCAUACAAACACCUUGUUCCUUCGUACCCUAAUGACACAUCGGGCUUUGAUGGCCGUCCGAUCUUGCUCUACUUUCAAGGAGCCAUCCACCGCAAAGAUGGAGGAUUCGUUAGACAAGAACUAUAUGAGUUUCUAAAAGAAGAAAAAGACGUGCACUUCUCUUUUGGUAGCGUACGAAAUCACGGCAUAGCUAAAGCCGGAGAAGGAAUGAGAUCGUCGAAGUUUUGUCUCAACAUCGCCGGAGAUACUCCGUCGUCGAACCGUCUCUUCGACGCAAUAGCUAGUCACUGUGUUCCAGUGAUCAUCAGCGACGACAUUGAGUUGCCGUACGAGGAUGUUCUCAACUACAAUGAGUUCUGUGUCUUUGUGAGAUCUUCAGACGCUUUAAAGAAAGGGUUUCUGAUGGGUCUUGUGAGGAGUAUUGGGAGAGAAGAGUGGAGCAAGAUGUGGCGGCGGUUGAAGGAGGUUGAGAGGUAUUUUGAUUUGCGUUUUCCGACGAAAGAUGACGACGGAGAUUAUGGAGUUCAGAUGAUUUGGAAAGCUGUGGCGAGGAAGGCUCCUAUGAUGAAGAUGAAGGUUCAUAGGUUUCAGAGGUUUACGAGGCCUUUUGUUGGUUUUAGUGAAGAUUAG